AUGAUAGAUGAGUGGUUUGGUGAUUGCCUAAGAAACCACCCCAAUAUACCACGGCCUCCUCUGCCCCCUGCUCGAUUUGAAGAAGAAGUUCCACAAGAAUGUGCUGAGUUUUGGUUUGAAAAUACCACGCGAGUUCUUGAAGAGUUGUCUUGUACCCCCACAAAAUGCCUGAAUUGCACGGUAUCUUUAUUAAAGGACAGUGUAUAUCGCUGGUGGAAGACUAUAUCUUCGGUGACACCGAGGGAGAGUAUUACGUGGGAAUUCUUUCAAGUAGAAUUUAAGAAGAAGUUUAUUAGUCAAAGAUUUUUAGGUCAGAAGCGAAAGGAGCUCCUGGAACUUAAACAAGGAAAUAGAACCGUGUCAGAAUACGAAAGAGAAUUCAUAAGACUAAGUCAGUAUGCAAAGAAGUGGGUCCAAACGGAGGCAGAAAUGUGCAAGUGCUUCGAAGAAGGUCUGAAUGAGGAAAUUAAGCUUUUAAUUUGGAUCCUUGAGAUAAGGGAAUUAGUUGCAUUAGUUGAUCGAGCCAAGAAAGUUGAAGAGCUAAAUAACGAAAGAAUGCAAGCAAAGAAAGAAGCUCGAGUUUCAAGUAGACCUCCACAACAUCCUGAAAGUGCUAGCGGUAGUCGAAUUGUUGCAAAGGAUUCUACUGUAAAACCAGAGGCUCGAGCCCCGGUGAGAACUUAUGCUAUACGUGUCAGAGAGGAAGCCUCAGCUCCUGAUGUUAUUAAGGCUGUAACAGUCCAGUUUAGACCCUAG